AUUUUGGUUCAGUUUAAAAACCUUACAAUGCUCAUUGGAAAUCUUAUUACGAUCAUGCAAUUAUUUUUAUCGAUUGAAUAUUCAUAUUCGUUCAAAAGAUUCACAAACACUCGACUGAAUUACUACAAAGCACCCGACAGUGUUUCCUUCAGAAGUUUUCCUGUUAAAAAACUAACACCAUAUGCUAUUUAUGUUGCUGGUGAGACAAGUUCUAUUUACAUUCCAAGAAGUGUAGUUAAUGUGUCCGACAUCGUCAAUUGGAAAGUAGUUAAUCUUGAUAAGAAUCGAUUGAUGUUCGUCCAUGAAAACAAACCUCAAAUUCUUAUUGAUCGAAAGACUAUCAGAGAGAUGAAAUUGCAACCUGAUACUAAUCCGUUAACUGGUCCAAUAAUAGUUUUCAGUGAUAAUGAAACUCUUCAUGUUCCAACAAUAUUCAAUUCAAAUUUAACUGAACCAUUUCCUAAAUGGAAUUAUAUUGAACUGUUGUAUUUCGAUGCUCAAAAUGAAUCAGUCUCAGUCAUUCGAUCCUUACCUAUGCUUAAAGAUGAUGAUUGGAAGUUCAUCAUAGAAUGGAAAAUGAUGGACUAUAUUCAUUUCGACGAUAAAUUGUACCUUUUAAUCAAGCGAAGUAUUUGGAAUGAAUUGACCGCAAAUGUUACUCAAGAGAUAUCAAUAAUACGAUUGUGUCUUGACAAAGGAAGUGAACUCAUUUCAAGUGCAAUUGAGAUUCGUUACAAUCGACCAGAAUUUCAAAAUAAUCAGAUUACUCAAGCAAUUUUCAUUUGCUUAUCGUAUUAUAUACCCGAAAAAAUUUUUCUUUUAAUAACACACAAAACUCUUAACCAGACAUUGAUACAUAAGCGAUACUUUUUCAAUGAUUUCGUUUCAUUGUUUGACAAAACUGGUAAAGAAUAUGCUUCAGGUGCUAAUAAUUACACUUUAAUGCGAUACCAUUUAAGAUCAGAAGUUCGUAGCUGUCAAAAUACUACUUUUAAAAGUUGUUCUUCUAAUGAGAAUACUGUACCUUCAGUUGAACUUAAUUUCACCAAGAUAUUGGAUUAUCACUUUAUCUUUGCUGAUGGCGUGAGCGAGUUAACAGGACUUGAAUAUGCUUAUGAUCGUACUUUCAAUGAAACUCAUUUUUGUCACCAAAGGAUUGGUUCUGGUUAUAUGCAGAAAUGUAUUGAAAUUGACAAAAACUUCAAUCAAGAUGAUUCUAUUCAAAAUAUUGAAGUUUUCUUUUUUGGAUAUCCUUUUUAUUGGUUAUAUUUAAGUUAUAACAAUGCGCGUUUAAAUGAAAGUAGACUGUGUGAACAACCCAAGGAUUCAGCCGUGCUUUGUUAUAAAAACUAUAAAACAUCUAAAGACGAUCUCCAACUCCAUCAUUAUUUCAAUCAUCGACCAUUUGGUUUUUAUUACGUUACUAAAGAUACUAAUAAAGUAUUUCGCAAGUCGGCCAAUCAUUGUUUAGAUUAUCUCAGUUGCAUUCGUUGUAUGAUGUAUGGUCAAAGUAUGGACUGUAUUUGGUCCAAUUCAAUAUGUAGGCAGAAUGAAGACAAUGUUACACAAACUGUGAAUUAUUGCUUUAAAAUAACUUCAAUUUCACCUCUGAUGUUAAAAUCUUCAUCAACUGAAACUCUAACAAUUAAACUUGAUAAUCCAUUGGAAAGAAGGAUUCCAAAUGAGUAUUUAAUUAUCAAAGCUGGUCCACGUAAUUAUUGCACCAACAUAUCACGAAUUCAAUCAAUCAUCAAGUGCUCUAUGAGAUUAUUUGAAUCGGGUAAAUUCAAGAUCAGUGUUAGUCUGCUAAAUUAUAGAUAUGCUGAUGCUAUAAGUAUGAGUGCUCUAUCAACUCAAAAGGUUGAUAUUGUAGCGCCAGGAGUAAUGCAUGAGCAUGCAUCAAUCAUCAUUUCAUUAUUUUUGGGUUCUCUCUUAAUUUCAUUCUUACUGAUAGUCUAUUCAAGGUACAAGAAGCAGCAGUUCAAAAAAAGGUCCACAUACUAUUCAUAUGGGAAUAAAAGAAAAUUUUCUAAUUCAAAAAAGCAAAGAGGAUAUUUUGAAACUACAAGCGCUAUAACGCGGGUUAAAGCACAGAUAUUACCUUCCAAAAUGAACACAACAAACGAGACAACCAUUCAAACUAGACCAUCGAGUAAACCUUGGACUUCAGUAUCUUCUAGCUAUUACACUCGUUGAAAGAUUUUCAUUCGACUUUUACUUUGUCAUGAAUUUAAGCAUCCAUUACAGUGUAUAACGUAACGUGAAACAAUACUGCUCGAGCCCAAAAUAGUUGCCAUUUCUUUUCGUAUUACACUGAAAGGACAAUCAAAGGGCUAUUUACCUGACAAAAUGUGAAAAAAUUAAAUCGCAAUUUUCUUUUCUGAUAAUAAACACUUGAAGCACCAUCGAUGCUCAUCGAUGGAAGUUUUUGGUGAGCUAACUUUAACUUGUCAAAAUGCUCGACAAACUAUCAAUUGAACAUAAAUGUUUUCAAGCGUUUGCAUUUAAUGAUGAACAAGUGAACAAGUGUCAAAAUAUUGCAUCUCAAUUUUAUAAUUUUCUUCACGCGUUUUAAAGUACACAAUUCGAGUAAUUUCAAUCAUUUAUUCAUAAUUAAAUUAAUCUAUGAAAUUUA